UUAAUGCAUAGUCUUGUAUCGAGAUUAAUGCGUGUAAAAAAAUAAAAGUUGCUCGAUGCUCGACGAAAAUGUUUUCAUCAAUUUUAACGUGUUUUUAUGUCAUACAAAUUUCAUAGAAGUCUGAAUUGAAACAAUUUUACCAUCUGUGGAGGAUUCGUUUUAAAUAUCAUAUAUACAGUAGUAGUGUACUCUACUGCAUGUGUGCAUCACGCAAUUUCUACACUAAUUAGAUACGUAUUUUCCUGUAGGAGAAUGGUUAUCAAGAAAAUAAAACCUAUAAAAACAAUUCUCAAUGAUCAUUCGGUGUUAUAUGAUAACAUAAACGUGAUUGGUGUGUACGCAGCAUAAAUUUAUAACUUGAUCAUUGUUGACGCAUAGCACCGCGAGAGUGCGCAUUACUCAGUGAAAGAAAAUGGUGGUUAUUUGGGUGUAGUCGGACGAUUUUCUACAUCACAAAUGUGAGUACCGGCUGACUAAGAAAUUACGAGUGCUGUUUGUCAGUGCGUCGCGAAGCUAAUAUGAUCAGGUCGAUAUCUGAGAAUCAUUUAACUUCUUUGGUAUUAAAUAUUUAUUAAGAAAUUGAAGUAACAGAGUAUAUUCGAUAAAGAAAGGAGGAAAAGAUCUGUGAUGAAUAUAAGAACCACAUACUCUGUGCACUUAGAUAAAUGCAUCCAGUAUUUUAUAAUUUGAAAGAUAAAGUUAAUUAAAGAUACCGUUUUUCUAAAAAUCUUUAUCUAAGUCAAACUGGGAGAAAAAAAAUAUAUAUAUAUAUAAAUUUAUAUAUAUAUAUAUAAAUAUAUAUGUACAUAUAUAUAAAGUAGAAGACAAGGAUUUUUAUAAAGUGAAUUCUUUCAUACGUUGGUUAUGUGCAAUGCCGAGAUGCUGCAAUGAAAACAAGGCAGUGAGUUCGGUUGGCACUAGUCGGGAACAUAAUACGGAAGAUAUUUUGUUAACACAGAGUCGUUCUUUUACAAUUGGAAAUCAGUUGGAAUUAGAGGAAGAUCCACCAAUUGUUGAGAAAUCACACAGAAGAGUAAGGUGUGAUCUAAGUCCAGUUCCAACAAGCACAAGUACUAAUUUGAAUAUAAAGCUUUUAAGUAUUAAGGCAGAUAGAAAUAGUCGUCAAGAUCAAGUGGAGACUGGAUCUGGUGGGUACAGAGAACGGAAGAAAGAAAUUAAAAAGAGAGCAGCUAUAGGCAAUACAGUGCGUGGAUUCCUCUCAUCUGGCCACAGCAGGCAGGACAGGUAUGAGACAAAUAGACAACAAUCUUCAGGGGGAAGUGGCCUGUCAAGUUUAUGUCCAAAGCUGGUGGCCAGUGGAGGUGGUGGUAAUCAGAGUGGGAUUAGCCUGGCAGUGGGCCACUUAGCCUCUCAAGAAGGAGUAGGUCCUUGCUCAGUUGUAACCACUCAAAGAAUUCAUAAUCACACACAUAAUCACAAACGCCAAAGAAAAUUAUCUAUUGUCUCACAAGCUGGCACUAGUGCUCAUAGUUCUGGAGAUAGAAAGACAUCAAAUCUAAGCCGUUCCUCUACACCAAUUUGCAAAAAGCAAGUGCGGACACAAAGGGCUGACCAUACAGAUUCAUUAUCGAUAACAAGUAACGGAGUCGCCAGUAGUUCACCUUCUUCUAAAAAGAAAGUUUUAUCUGCGUUACGAAUUUGUGAAAAAUCAUCAUCUCGGAAUCUCAAUUCACCAUCUUUAGAUCAUGAAAAUGAUCGCAGUUUUAGCGAUGCAGAGGAAGCUAUUACAGCAACAGAAAAUGUGUUCAAUGUGCCAGGAUCCAGUUCCACACCUUCAACACCACUUAGUCGAUUGAAAUCAAAAAAAUCGGACGAAGAUGAAACGAGUGUGGAAUACAAUAUUAGUAAAGAAGGUGCUGAUUCCUCACGAAACCCAUCAGACAAAAAAGGAUCACUAGAUUCCAACGAAGAAAAGACAUCUACAUUAGAAUGUUUCGAAUCUUCUAAAACUUCGAAUAUUAUAAAAAAAAUAUCGGCAAAUAGUAUUGACGAAGAAAUAAGUACACAGAAUAAGCAAAAAAUAAUUUCCACUUCUUCCACAAGUACGAAAUCCAGCAAUUUAAAAUCUAGAAACAAAUAUGUUGCAGAAAAGAUGAUUGAGCAACACAAUAGCAAAAAUUUAAAAGGAAUAAAUAUGGAAAAAAAUAUAAAUACAAGUUCGUCCACAGAAACAUCCAUGAGUUCAGCAGCUAAUAAAAAUAACGAAAAAACCAAACGGAAAACGUCUAACGAAGAGCCGAAAUCUAUUAAUCUUGCAGAGAAUGAAGACUUAACUAAAAAUUCUGAGAAAAAUGUGAUAGAUGAUAAAAAUGACAUGCAACAAACUGAAGAAAUGGUAAAAAGCUCAAGAUUUGUAACAUCAAAAGUGUCAGAAGAAAUUGUGGAAACUGAGAUUAAGGAUAUAGAUGCGCAAAGAGAAGUAGAAGAAGAAGUGACGAUAUAUGAUGAAGAUGAUAAUGGCACCAGUAUCAGUGAUAUUGUUGCUACUCAAGCGCUUCAUGAAUCUCUGAGUAAAUUAGGUAAAGUACCACCAUUAGAUACUGAGUUGAAGAAUGUCAAGGAUACGAACACCCAAGACGAAACCAAGAUGGUAAAGGAAGAAAAAGAAAAGGAAGUCGUGCAAGAAGAAGCAGUGGAAGGAUUUAUUGGUCCUUUACUUGAUGAAAAUUUUAAAGCAGAUGAAAAAUUAACACAGAAAACAAUGGCUAUGGAAGAAGUACGAAAUUUAUUAAUGAAAGUUAAAGUGCAAACUGUUGAAGAUGAUGAUGAUGAAGAAAAGGCUAUAGGUAUAUCACCAGAUGGUAGAUUUUUAAAAUUUGAAGAAGAAAUUGGUAGAGGCAGCUUUAAGACUGUAUAUAGAGGUCUGGAUACUCAAACUGGUGUAGCUGUUGCUUGGUGUGAAUUGCAGGAAAAAAAAUUAAAUAAGACGGAAAGAUUAAGAUUUCGAGAGGAAGCAGAAAUGUUGAAAGGUUUACAACACCCAAAUAUUGUCAGGUUUUAUGACUAUUGGGAAGUUACACUUACACGUAGAAAAUAUAUUGUGCUAGUCACUGAACUUAUGACUUCAGGAACCUUGAAAACGUAUCUAAGACGAUUUAAAAAAAUUAAUCCAAAAGUUGUAAAAUCUUGGUGUCGACAAAUUUUGAAAGGCCUUAGUUUCUUGCAUUCGAGGUCACCACCAAUUAUUCAUCGUGAUUUAAAAUGUGACAAUAUCUUUAUUACCGGUACCACAGGAAGUGUAAAAAUUGGCGAUUUGGGACUUGCUACUCUUAAAAACAGGAGUUUUGCAAAAAGUGUUAUUGGAACACCCGAAUUUAUGGCACCAGAAAUGUAUGAAGAACAUUACGAUGAAUCCGUUGAUGUUUAUGCGUUUGGAAUGUGUAUGCUUGAAAUGGCUACUAGUGAAUAUCCAUAUUCAGAAUGUACUGGACCGGCACAAAUAUAUAAACGCGUAGUAUCGGGUGUAAAGCCGCAAAGUUACGAUAAAGUGGAAAAUCCAGAAGUACGUGAGAUUAUAGAAAUGUGCAUUCGAUUGAAAAAAGAAGAACGGCCUUUAGUUAAAGAUCUUUUAAAUCACGAAUUUUUUGCGGACGAUGUUGGCUUAAAAUUAGAAAUGGUUUCAAGAGAUUCAGCCGUAGCGGAUGCGGAAUUAUCGCGUGUUGAAUUCCGACUUCGAGUGUUGGAUCCCAAAAAACGUACUAACAAACAUAAAGAGAACGAGGCGAUACAGUUUGAUUUUGACAUUCAAACUGAUAAUGCAGAAGAAGUAGCCUCAGAAAUGGCUAAAUCUAGCCUUAUACUUGAGGAAGAUGUCAAGGCUGUAGCAAAAAUGUUAAAAUCGCAAAUCAGCACUUUGUUACGAGAGAGAGAAGAACGUAAAGCCAAAGAAGAAAAGGAACGUUUAGAUCGAGAAGCGGAUAGUGCUAAUACAACCAAUGAAAAUUUGUUACAACAACAAUUAUUACUUCAACAAAUGCAAUUGCAACAGCAACAACAACAGAUGCAAUCAAAUAUGAGCAUCCAAAUGCAAGGUCAAGUACAAAUGCAGUUGCAACAGAAUCAAAUACCUUUGCAACAACAACAACAAAUGCAAACUGCUGCACAACAACCUCAGCAACACAAUUUACAACCACAACAAGUCCAAUUGGUUCAACAGCAACCAUUAAUGCAGCAACAAACGUCUGUUGUUCAGCCACAGCAAGCACAACAAAUGCAACAAGUGACUCAGGUUUCACAGCAGCAAGUGCAGUACCAACAACAGCAAUAUCAACAACAGUUACAACAACAGUAUCAACAGCAACAACAACAGCCACAACAAUUUCCUCAGCAUGUUACGCAAAAUUUAACUGCUACUUCUUCACAAUGCUCUACCCCACAAACUGUACAGACUCAACCACAAUUUCCUCCAGUAUCUCAACAAAUACAACAACAGCAACAUUUGCAUCAGCAACAACAGUAUAUACAACUGAAUCAAAUGAAUGUGCCACAACAAAUGGGUCAUCAAAUACAACAAGCACAGAUACAAAUUUUAUCACAACCCCAACAUAUGCAUCAGCAAAUAUCGCAACCUCCACAAGUGCAAUAUUCUCAACCGCAAAUACAGCAUGUUCAAAAUCAGCAGUACUAUCAGCAAAAUACGACAGGAACCUCAGGAUACAGUACGCAACCCCUAUAUCAGCAAAAUAUAUCUCAACAAGUGUAUCAUUCGUAUGCCAGCUCAAGUUCCUCUGGCCAUGUAGAGAUUUUAUCAUCCAACCAGCCUACAGCCCAAAUUUAUUCUCAUCCAAGUAUCCCUCAGAAUACAGCACCUCCAACUUCACAGCCUUACAUGCAACCACAGCCAGGACAAGUACAAGCAUCUGUACCAACUGGUCUAAAUCUUCAGAGCACGUCAUCAGCGACUCAUAUGCAAAAUACAAUAACAUCAACAAUUCCAAAUAUGCAAAGUGCACCUACUCUUAUUUCGAACAGUGGACAUCAAUCUCAGUCUCAACAAAAUGUCUUAGUUCAAAUGAAAUAUUCGCAAAGUUCUAGUAUUCCUACUUCUGUACCCAUAUCAUCUGGGAUUUCUGUGCCAUCAACAACAGUGUCUCAGCAACAACAGCAUUUCAUUUCAAACACAGAACAGCUAUGUUCUAACACAGAAAGAUCUUCUUUAUCUAAACAAGAUACAAUGGAUUCUGUGCAAUCUUUGCCAACGGACGUACCGCCUACUAUUCAGGAUCAAGGAAAUAUCUCUAACGUGUCUAACAUAAGCACAUCUCAAGUAGCAAUGCCAAAUGAAGGAAUAAAUCAAGAAAGUGCAGAGAAUGUCACUUUAUCCGAAAGAUCUAGAGUAAAAAGAUCCGGUACGAAACGUAAAAAGCCUGGUAUCAAAUUAACAGUUUUAUCUGUAAGUAGUAAUGAGGGACAAUCAAUGAUUGUUGAAUGUCAGUUAGAUACCAGCAAACAAAAAACUGUGACAUUUAAAUUCGACAGAGAUGAUAUGGUACCUACUGACAUUGCUAAUAACCUGGUUGCUGAAAAUUUAUUGCCACAAUCUCAAUGUGAAACGUUCGUUGAAUUGAUAGAAGACAUCGUUAAACAAUUACGUUUGGAUCCUACACGGGCUUUACCUUUAGUAGCACAUGGUCCACCAGAUCAAUCUGCCGGUGGUAGUCCAGUCACGAGUCGUCGACCUAGAGAUCGUGACCACAGUCUUGAUACAGCUAAGCAGGUGAGACAUGGCUCGCUAACUCGUCAAAGCAGCCACCGAUCGUCGUACAAAAUCCAUCGUAGACACCGUUCGAGAGACGAAACUUCCAAUACUUCUACACCUACCAAAUUAUUACCGAUUGAUCAAAUUCUUUCUCACAUUACGGGCUCCACCUCCAUGGAUAAGCAACAAAAUGUGCAAACGCCUGAUAGCCAAAUGGGUCCUGAAAACACAUCAGCUGAAGCAUCCAGAAGAUCAUCAACCUCUACACAAAAUACGGAUACAUUAACACCGACUAAUUUACCAAGCGAUCCCACUGAUCCAACUCAGGAAACCAUAGUAUCUGCAACAGCAGACACAGUGUUAGACGCGCAAAGUAUACUUAAAGAUGAAACAGCUAAAUCAACUUAUAUCCAAAGUCAAAUAACCGAUUCGACUGUAAAUCAAAUAAAUGAAAAAUCUAAAGAAUCCGGCGUUCAAGAUGCAAUGGAACAAGAGAAAGAAACGAAUAAAGAGACACACUUUGAUGCCACAGCUGCAGAAGUAGCUACAUUAACUGCGCCACCUCCAGCACGAAAAAUUUCUCGUUUUUUAGUUAGCCCUGUAGUUGAACAGAAGAUUGUUACAAGUGAAGAGGGAGGAUCUACUUCUGUAGAAAAUACAGAUAAAUCUAACGUAUUAACAACUCAACCUAGUUCAUUAUCGCAAUCAAAUACAAUUGAUGAGGGGCAAGUAAAACACGAUGAUCUAGAAGUGAAUGUUUUAGAAGCACAAGCUAUUCCUGAAAAAUCUAAUAUCGAAAUCGUUACGCAAAAUCCUCAAUGUAUCGCAGAACAAGUAGACACUGUUCAAACAAUUCAACAACCGGUACAACAAUCAAUUACUCUUCAAAGUACUGUACAAGGGCAAGCAAUCCUACCCAUAUCACAAAUGCAACAGAAUGUUAGUGCUGUGCAAUCUAGUCAACAAAAUGUAAUGGUUCCAGGAUCAGCAAUAACGCAUCAAUCGCCUCAACAGGUACAAGUUGUAUCUCAAAACGUAGCCAUGCCACAAAAGGAUCCACAAACUCAAGUUUCAUCGAGCGGAAUCAAUAUAUCAGGACAAUAUCAAAAUCAAUCUAUGCCAUGCAAUAUUCUAUUACAGCAACAACAAAUUCCUAUACAACAAAGUAUAGCGCAAAUGCACAUUCAGCCUGAACAUCAGCAUCAGGGACAAAUGCAAGCUCAACGACCAUUGCAACAAUUUCAACAUCAACAAAUACCGCAACAACAUCAACAAUAUGUGAUACUUCCUAGACAUAUUCCACAAUUACAACCAGCCACAAUCAUAGAUGAGAGAAACCGCAGGAUUUCUAAUAUUUCUACAACAUCGAACAUGUCUACGGAUUCGCAAAUUUCGGAAAUUGCUAAUAUGACGGACGAUAAGAAGCAAACAAUGAUCAUGCCCAAUUUAUCGAUGCCCCAAACACAGCAUGUACAAUUUAUUUCUCAACCAGAUGGAUCAAAUAUCACUCCUUUACCACAGACUGUUUUGGAACCAAUCCAACAGCUUCAAACAGCACCUCAAGCUACAGUGAAUGUCCCAGCAAAUGUAUCUGUACCUGUUUCAGUUCCUGCCCAUCAAACUGUCACUGUAGAGGUUGCUCCUAAAGUUACACUUAAAACUAAAGAAGUUUCAUCAACGCUUCCAGAUUUAGCACAAAAUUUAGCAAAUAUACUUUCGAACCCGAAAUCGAAAUCUGUAACUCCUCAUUGUUUAACUACCCACGAACCAAGCCAAGCUGUAAAUAUCCCAGGAACUACAAUACUCGAAUAUAAACCUACUCUCCAGUCUGAACAGUAUUUUCAACCUAUUCAACCAGAAGCAAGUCAAAUACAAAUGCAACCGCAAUUACAACAUAAUUAUCAAGUGAACACAACACAGCAAGGAAUUCCACAAACGUUUCAAUUUAGUCAACAACCUCAUCAAGCUCAAAUACCUCUGCAGCAAACAAUGCAACUGAAUGCAACCCAUCAGAUCGACCCUCAGUUACAAAUGGCACAACAAAAUUUUCAACAAAGCAAAUGGGCUGCAUCUAUGAAUCAAAAUAUUAUACAGCAAUCUGCAUCAAUCAGACAUAUUCAACAGAUUCAACCACAAUCGCAACAAACUAUCCCACAACACGUUAUACAAGAAAUUCAAAAUGUAGAAAAUUGCAUUUCUUCCGAUCAAUCUCAGUUUCAUUUAAAGCUCCCUGAUCAACAACUCUUAGGAAAAGUAUCCGAAACAGAAGCUCAAGAAGCUAAUUCAGCUGGGCGUACAACUUCUGAAUGUCCUUUAUUAUCGGAGAACGAAAGCUCUAGCCAUGAUGUAACUCCUGAACAUACGUUCGUUGAAUCUGUAGAUUCGGUAUUAUUUACACAAAAUCAAACAUUGCAACAACAACAGCAGCAGCAGCAACACCAACAGCAGCAACAACAUCGAAAGCUUAGUCAACAGAAUUCGCUAGAUAAAGUCUCAGAUACGACUACUGGAACUAGUGUUCCGGGUGGAACAGGUCCACAAACAAUAGCAGAUCUCCAUCAAAAGCUUGUUCAAUUAACAAGUCAGCCGUCCGAAGCACUUAAUGUAGGCACACCUCCUAUAAGUUAUCCAGCUACUCCUCAUAAUCACCAGAUAAUAGGUGGAUAUGAUGCUUACAUGCAUUCUUUACAACAGAAACUUGUCAAUAUUGGCAUGCCAAUUUCCACUACACAUGGCAUACAAGGUCCUCUAUCACCGCAGACUACGAUACAGUCAACUACAAACUUGACUGAUUCAAAUGUUCCAACAAGUGUGGAAAGUUCUGUUUUAACUCAAGAAAGCUCAAUUCAACAACUUACGCUUUCUCAAACUCAUGUAGAUUGCUCUCUCGAUAGUCCAACUCCAACACCUGGAGGGGCUCCUGUAGGGUCUGAAACUAUGAGUCCGAGUAAAGAGAGUAUAAAAGUUCGAACCCAAAGACCGGGAUCUCGUCUCCAAGAAUUAGAACAAGAAUUAGCAAAAAUUCACAGAGGAUCGAUUCCAGCAACAGCUUCUCCACAACCUUUAACACCGCCUGUAUCCAUCAGUUCUGUUCCGCCGUCGUCCGUUGGUUCUAUUCAGCUGCAACCAUCGUUACAAUCUACUCAAAGUUUAUUGACUACUGUUCCACCUGUAACUGCUGUACCUGUUGCUACCGUUACUCCCAGUGUCUUUACAUCACGCUCUGAUACGAACACUCCGGUGCAAAUAGAAUCUCAAGAAAAUGUUUCCGAGAAGGUUAGUACAACACAACCUGUUAGAAAAAUAUCAAGAUUCGUGGUUUCCAAGGUCGCAGGUCCUCCUAGUAAUGCUGCUACACCGAUUCAACAACAUACCGAUAUGUCAAAAAAUCAAACAGAAGAUUCAAAGGUUUAUCACAUAGAUGACACACAGGGUACACCAGUACAAAUAACUCAUAGCCGUGAGGGUUCUCUUCCACCUACGCAAAUUACUCAGCCUAUUAAUGCUCCUGUUGUAGAACAAAUAGAAAAAGAUGAGAGAUUUUGGACAUUAACACCAAGUGAAGAAUAUCAAUUGCUUAUAAAAAAGCAAACUAUGGAAUUAGAAUCCCUGCAAAGAAGACAUAGAGAAGAAUUGGAACGAUUUCAACAGCAUCAAUUACAGCUAUUAAUUCAACAGCAACAGCAAGCAAGUGCACUUCAUCAACAUCACCAUCAACAUCACCAUCAACAUCAUCCAGUGCUUUAUCAUACUGUUACGACUAGUGUGCCAGGACAAACUAGACUUCCAGGUACAGAAGACUAUUUAAUGUUUAACACAACGCCCCAAACUCCUUUACAAAAAGCUCCGAGUAAUUAUCCAGAUACCGAUGAAACAUUACGAUUAGCUAUGCAGAAAUUGAAGCAAACUCCUUUGCAACUACAACCACAACAGGCGGCAACUGGAAUACCACACGCUUAUGUUAUUCCAAUUCCAGUAGUGCCUUCUGAAACUAUGCAAAACGUGUCUCAACAACCUACUAGUUAUACAAGUGAACUAACCGAAUCUCUAGAGCCAGCACAUAAUCCGGCAAUUAUAAAUUCAACGCAAUAUCAGUUCACGCCUAUAUUACCAGAUGGAACAAAUAUCGCAGUAUCCUCUACUGGAUCCUUAGUUACACCUAUACCGAUAUCAAGUUCAACGGGAAGUGGAGGUUACAUCCAGUAUCAUGAUAAUCAAACAUUAUCAAAUUUUCAAACAUUUAGUUGUACACCACAUGGCGGUUUCUUUUUACCAGCUGGCUAUCGGCUAAUAUACGCUCCUUCUGGUGGAACGUCUCAGUCGCAGCCAGCUACACCAGCUACCCCACAUAUAGGAAAUUCUCAUGACGGUACACCGCCGGCAGAACCUUUGCACGCCGCAAAUGUUGACAAUUCAACAGCUCCACCUUCCCAUACCGAUCAAUAACGUAAUCUUCAACAGGUUAUGAUCUAUAUUUUUCGAUUUACUCAUUUUCGUAAUACAUUCUUUAUUUAAACGUGUUGCCCUUAUCCAUUAGUAUGAGAAUCAUGCAUUAUUACAAUUGUUAUUCUAUUAUAGUUUUGCUAAUACGUAUUGCUACCCUCGUCUUCGUGGAUAUGUAUGCGAGGAGAUGCGAAUGAAAGUAUUUAGGAUGUAUUUGAUAUUGUAACAUCCGUGCGUAUCGCUAAAAUAUUCUCGUUAUCUGUGCGUCAGCAUAUUAAUUAUUUGAUAUGUGCCUCACAGCAAAAUUAAAACUCUCAAAUCGUACACGGAGAAUAUUUUGAAUGAACGAAUUAAGCUUCUGGACAAAAAAAUAAAACAUAGGAAAGAAAAAGAAAUAAAAUAUUGAAAUUGAGGAUAGAGGCCUUUACAUGUACUGUGCUUAUAUCUUAUUGUAGUAAAUAUCAUUCUUUAGUGAAAAUGCUUAUUAAAAGACUUUUUCUGCUCUCAAUUUAUUGAUAGCACAGUCCACAUUAGUACAGGCCUCAGCUAGUCUUACAAAUGAUGGCGUACAGCCAUUCUGCUCGAUAUAUAUGUAUAACUGUUAAUGUAUACUGAAUGCUUUGGAGAGAGAAUGUAUGUUUACGUGUGCAUGGAUGUGAUUGCAGGAGUCAGACAGAGAAAAAAUAUGAUUAAUAUAGUCACUGUUAUGCUUUAAUGUAUUUCUAGCGAUUUUACCUAUUUCAAUUAAAAAAAAAGUCAUGUGUUACUAGUUAGCAGUUUCAUGUAUCUUAUCUAAUAUUAUAUCAACUAUUAUCUUUUUUAGACUUGAUUGUGAAUAUUUUUAUUAUUGCAUAUUUAAUUUAUCGAAGUUUAUUUCAUUUGAAUUGGCAUUUCAUUUACAAUACGUUCUGAAAUACAUUUGCACAAUCCAUUCCUUCGAAUAUUUUAGGAAUUUUUGUUAUUUAGCACUUCAAUUUCUGAUAAAAUGAUGAUGAAAAUAAUGGUAAUCAUCACAGAUAUUGAGAAUCUAAGUAAGAAAAAAAGAAGCUCAAUAGGGACAUGACAUAUGUAUGAAAUUCAUACAUGUUUUAACAAUAUCAAAAAUAAAAUAAUCUAGUGCUUGUGUUACAUCCCAAAAAAUAUAUUUUAAAUUUUCAUCUGUGCUAUCACAUAUUGCAUUUUGCAAUAUAGUUAAGAAUAGCUUAUUUGUAUAACUACAAAUAUUACUGCUGUUUAUUGAUGAUUAUAAUGUUAUCUUUAUUUCGUUCAAAUAAUUGCAGUUCUCGUCGUUUUUAAUGUUGCGAUUUAUUACUGCUUUAAGCAUGAAUUUAUUAUUAUCAGUAUUAGAAUGUCGAAAACUAUUUUAAAAUUUUGAAUAUGAAGUUUUUUCUUGUAAUUUCCAAGUUAUUGAUACUUGAUCAUGAUAUUAUAUUAAAUUACACUCAAUUGUUUCAUAUACACAUAUGUUUUAUUUCUAAGUUUUGCAUACCAUAAUUCCGUUAUUUCGUUUUCCACUUUAUUUGGGUGAAAAUAUAAUUAUAACAUUAAAUCCAGUUAAUCCACCUGGUAAUAAAUUCAUGUGGCUGUUGAACGAAACAUUAUAAUAUAGGUAAUUGUAUGUAUUUCUUAUGGAAAUGCAUUGCAAUUAUUCUUAUAUAGUUACUUUUAAAUAAAUUUAUUAGAUAAUACUCAAAGAAAAUGCAUAACAUGUAAUACUUAAUGUACAUAUUAUUCAUUUACUGUUAGGUGGAUUGGCUUUUGAUAAAGAUGCAGCUUCUAUGUUUGUUAAUAAAAGCUGAGUAUAUGAAGUUUCUAAAAUAAACUAUAUUUAAAUAUAAUAA